CUAUCUCAGAGUAUGUCGACGCGCUGCAUUUCUUAUGGAAGGGGAGGCUUUGGAGAAAUUUCUGUGCGGGCAGCGCGUUCAGGAGCAGAGGAAAAGAGUGCGAGAGCUCGCGCAGAGCGCAAGGACGAUCGAGGAAAGUUCGGCCUCCCUUCUUGGCGGAAAAGCGUCUGACGAAUGAGCGAGCACUCGCGAAGCACUCGGAUGAUUCCGGAGCUGAAAAGCCAAAAUCCCAGGCAGCCGAUCGGGAGAUCUUUUUUUCACAGACCAAUGCGUUGCUGACAUAUUUCUGAGGCGUUUUCAGCAGCUUCUUCCUUCUGCGAGCGGCGGACUAAUUUCGUUUCGUGGACUGCACAAAACGACGCGGCCCGAUCGUUGUCCUCACGGGCUCUGAAUCUGCUUCCACGAUUCCGUGGACGCUCUAGUUGGUCCAUCCGUCGGACGUCAUGGCAGAGGUUGCGGGAGCUGUUUCUCCCGAAGAGAUGGGAAUAGACAACCAAAGCGUGCGUCCUGAGGACGGAAGAAGUGACGAUGGGUCGCUGCUGUUGCUGAUUUUUCUUUUUCUGCUGACGCUACCGGCUGCGUAUCUUGUCAACGCCGGAGUUCCAGGCGGCUACAUGGAUGAAGAGUUUCACUUGAACCAAAUGGAACAUUAUUGUCGUGGAGAUUUUUCGUACUGGGAUCCCAAAAUUACAACUUUCCCGGGAUUGUACUUGGCUUCGCUGAUCUACGGAGAAGUUCUGUUGCCCGGGGCUGAUGUUUUGGAUUAUGGGGCUACAUUGGCUGAGAUUUGCAAGCCUGCCGUUCUCAGGUCCUUGAAUUUGCUCCUCUUCGGUAUUUGUGCAAUGCUGUUUCGAGAAAUCGCGAUGCACCUUGAUCCAGAACGGAACCCCAUACGAGCUACUUUAAAAGCCUUUGUGCUUUCCUUGUACCCGCUCCAUUGGUUCUUUACUCUCCUGUAUUACACGGAGAUGGGCUCUGCAACAGCUGUGAUGGCCAUGUAUCUUGCGACCCUCAAGCAUUCGUACUGGAUCAGUGCUCUGUUUGGAAUGGUGGCCAUUUUGUUCCGGCAGACGAAUGUUGUGUGGGUUUUCUUCGUUCUCGUUGUCGGGGUGCUAGAUUUUUUGGACAAUAUGACGCCGUUGAGAGGUGUGCUCGAUCGUCAAGCUCAGUCUGACGAGCAAGCAAAAGAGCUUUGCGAAGACAACGAGAGGGAUCGAAUUUCUUCGUUGAACGAGCCUUCGGUAGAUGGAUUGAGGCAACGACAAUUCGGCAGGCGAAACUUGAAUUCUGGGUCAAACGUGGAGCUGGCUACCACUUCCUUCGAUUCUCCAAAUUUUUUGAAUUCUUUGGUUGCAGAUGUAACGCAGUUGGUCAAGCAUGCGAUGAGUCAGAGGAACGCACUCUUGCGUAACUUCAGCCCUUUUCUAGUGGUGCUCCUUGCCUUUAUCGGUUUCGUUGCAAAAAACGGCAGCGUUGUGGUUGGCGAUAAGAAUGCACACAAGGUUUCACCUCAUUUUGCUCAGAUUUUAUAUUGUGGCUUCAUUUGUGCGGCUUUUCAAGCUCCUGCUCACUUCAAUAAGCACAGGAUCAAGUAUCUAAUUGGGGGUUUGAAGCGAAAUGCAGUGGGCACGUUGGGAACGGUGUCGAUUUUGGCAGCCACAUUUGCAGUGAUCGCUGUUAAGUACUACAGCACUCCCCAUCCUUACUUGCUAGCAGACAAUCGCCAUUUCACAUUUUAUAUCUGGAAGGAUGUGAUUCAAAGACAUUGGACGCUAAAAUACCUCGCAAUCCCAGUCUAUCUCUAUUCAUGGUUGUCCAUACUAUCGUCACUAGCUGAGAAGCAGAAGCCAUUAUGGAUCGCUGCUUUCUUCUUGGCUGUUGCCGGGGUGGUUGUGCCUACACCCCUUCUCGAGUUUCGCUACUACAACAUUCCAUUCUAUUUCAUCUUUCUUCAUGCCUCUAUUACCUCGUCGAAGAAAAGAAAUUCUAUACUCUUCUCUACUCCUGUUCAGUUUAUGUGCAUCAAUUACUUGACAGUGUAUAUCUUUCUUAAUUGGACAUUUCAGUGGUCAAAUCAGCCUGGAGUAGCUCAGAGAUUUAUGUGGUGAGGUGUCAAAUAGAGACCCGUAAUUCUACUGUUCUGAUUUGCCCAGAGCAAUAUCUAAGAGCCGGACCAUUAUGUCAUGUCAGGGAGUUCUUAUAGGUUCUGAUGGAACAGUUAAAGCAGCCACUCGGCUGCUUCUUGGCUGCCCAGAACAUUCUAGGUAAUGCAAUUUUGGGUAUUGGUGUAGUGCGUCGGAUUAGCACAUAGUCUUCAAGUAGGAUCCCGCUGUAUCUAUAUAGAUGAACAGUCUUGAGUGUAUCAAAUUGGCCGAGGAAUCCGUUUGUAAUAUAGCAACCAUUGUAGAUGCAGCAACUUGAUGCCCAGCUUGUCCAGAUUGUAAUGUAAUCUUAGUGAAGAGAAAGAGGUAGUUCGAGCCAUUUGUAGACUGGCACACGAAGUUAGAGCUUAGAUGAUUGAGGAAUACCUUCAUUUUCGUUGUUUUCAGAACAUUAUCUUCCAGUGGGUGAAAGCCCUGAUUGAGGAGAAAACGGGAUGAGCAUUGUGCUUUCCAUUGAAGACAUGUUGGACGUGUGAACUUACAUAUGCAUAACAUGCGAUCUUGUUUCCC